AUGCCAGAUAUUGCCGAAGCCAUCCUUUUUAGCUUCCUUGCCCCCGAAAUAAGUUUUUGGUCACGAGGAGGCAAUGGAUGCUUCAGCAAUGGAAAUGAAGAGUCAAAGCAAGAGCUGCUUGAAAGUUUUAUUAGCUUUUUGAUACCAUUCAUGCUUAAUAUUCAAAGUAAAAUCUUCAAACAUUUUAUAAAUACAAAUCCUUUAAAAGUUAUAAAAUCUCGAGUGAUUAGUGAAUGCUUCAAAGUUUGA